AUGUCGCACGGAGCCGGGCUCGUCCGCACCACGUGCAGCAGCGGCAGCGCGCCGGACCGCGGCGGCCCGCCCGCGCGAGCCUCGGAGGGGCUGCUGGACCCCUUGUACCCCCGCACGCACGCGGCCCUGCUGAAGGUGGCGCAGAUGGUCACUCUGCUGAUCGCCUUCAUCUGUGUGCGGAGCUCUCUGUGGACCGACUACAGCGCCUACAGCUACUUUGAAGUGGUCACCAUUUGCGACUUGAUAAUGAUCCUCGCCUUUUACCUGGUCCACCUCUUCCGCAUCUACCGCAUGCUCACCUGUAUCAGCUGGCCCCUGUCGGAACUUCUGCACUAUGGAAUCGGUACCCUGCUCCUGCUCAUUGCCUCCAUCGUGGCAGCCUCCAAGAGCUACAACCAGAGCGGGCUGGUAGCCGGAGCGAUCUUCGGUUUCUUGGCCACCUUCCUCUGCCUGGCUAGCAUAUGGCUGUCCUACAAGAUCUCGUGUGUGACCCAGUCCACAGAUGCAGCUGUCUGACCUGGCCACAGCCUUCGGGCCCCGAGGGAGCUCUGCAGACCGAGGACCAGCGACAGCGACCCCACGCGAGGCUUCUGGACCCGUGUUCCCGUGCCAAAGGCCUGCUCUGCUGGUGGGCACAGGGAAGGGCCUGCCCUUCCUUUCUUCUAGUCUUCCUUGGAGAACAUUCUGCGAAAGGAAAGUAGCCUCAGGGGACAUCUGGUCCCUCACUUCCUGCUUUUAGAACCGCCUCAGGUACUGAUGCCUCCCCCCACCACUUGGUGGGGGUUUGUGAAUACUCCCACAUCAAUCUGCUUCAACUUCACUUUCCUCAGGGGAGUGAUGCUGCCUUAAGUCCUCUUACAAAAACAAAGCCUCCUCCUAAUUUAUCUCGUUUGUCAAUCUGGUCUCUGAGGUAUCCUCUUUCUGAAAGUGAGCUGUGCCCGUUCUCAAAUCGGAGAUCUCACGUCUCCUUACCCUGUCUCUGACUUUGUUACCAUUGUGUGUGUAUGUGCGUGCGUGUGUGUUUUUUAAUAAAACAUUGACUUGACCACUUG